AUGUUCUCAAAAGUUCUAAUUGAAAGUAAUAGUUAUGAAAAAUUUAUUUGCGAAGCUGCUACAUACUUUUUAAAAACAAACUUUAUAAAAGAAUUUUUGGCUCCUUAUAUUGGAAUUUCAUUUGAAGAAUAA